ACCGUAUAUAGUUUCUAACUCCUCGAUAUUUUUUCUUGAAUUCAGGGCAUUGGAUUAUAUUUACGUGUAGAAAAGUUUGUUUAGAAAAUUUAGAGAGCUGCGCCAUUGCUGUAAAUAUAGACUAGGAAACGACGACCAAACUAACAUCUGACUGGAACAUGCCAAAGAUUAAAACGAGCAUACAGAAACAGGAUGUCGUUCCAGCCUUUGUGCCAAAGUUGGAGAAAUUGGGAAUAACGUUGGAUACUAAAAAGUUUCAGGAGGGUUUUCUGGCAUCUUUUCGUGGCAAAGUUUGCUUGUACUGUAGGAGUAAAGAAGAUGAUGAAGAUGAGUUCGGAGCAUUUGUUCAUCAUAAACGAUCGGGAAUAUGGAUUCAUUAUUUUUGUCUCUUACUUGCCAGUGGUCUUGUUCAACGAUGCAAGGAUGCUGAUUGUGAUAAAGCUCAAUCUCCAAAGUCUUUGUAUGGCUUUUAUAUUAAAGACAUUAUUGAUGAGUUUAAGCGUGGCGCAAAAUUGAAAUGCACAUUUUGUUUUAAACACGGUGCCAACAUUGGUUGCAAUAUAGCUCACUGUAAAGCAAAGGUUCAUUUUAGUUGUGGACGCGAUCGGCACAUGUUAUUCCAAUAUUUUGGUGGUUUUAAAUCAUUUUGUAAGAAACACAGGCCAACACAACCACAACUUUUACCUUCCAAAAUAAAAAAUGCUUCGUGCUGCAUGUGUUUUGAGAUUUUUGACUCGUUAAAUAACAAUAUUUCAUUGAUGUCACCUUGUUGCAAAGAAACCUAUUUCCAUCAUGAAUGUGUACAAAAGCAGGCUUUGUCUUCAGGCUUGUUUUUUUUCAGAUGUCCAGCAUGUAACAACAAAGAUGAAUACACAAAUGAAAUGUUUAGAAUGGGGAUUUACAUUCCCAAUAGAGAUGCAUUAUGGGAAACACCUGAAGCGUUUAGCGAUUUACUUGAAAACCAUUUCCAAUGUGAUGUCACAGAAUGUCAAUGUAAGCACGGCAGAAAACACCACUCUUCAAAAACUUUAUGGGAAAUUGUUGUCUGUUUAUUUUGUGGAAGUUCUGGCUCUCAUGUUGCUUGCAGUACUUUGAAAAAUGCUAAUGCGCCUUUUGUAUGUGACAUUUGUGUUGAGGUUCACGGUCAAUCCGGAGUGCGCAAAAAACUCCUUUCCAUGGGUUUUCAUGCAAAUCAAUUGAUUCUUGAUGAUUGUAAAAUUGACUCUUUAAAGGAAAUUGAUACUAAUCGACAAAAUUCAUCAAGGAAAAUAUUAAAAAGAAAACUUGUGGAUGAACCACUAGAAAAAUCAAAUUGUGUUAACUCUGACGACAUUAGCUACAAAUUAAGACGCUUAAAAUAAAUGUUUCUUGCUAGUCAUGAUUUUUCAUUAAGUUGCAAUUCAAAUAUAUAUUCUGUUACAUUACUUAUUUUGCAUUGCAAAAGGAAUUAUUAUUAAUAUUAUCUAUACUAUUUUGUUUUUAUUUCUUUAUUAUUAUCACUGCAUUUUUAAAGUGCCCAAUUUAAAUAGCAUUAAGGAGUAAUUUUAAAUAGUUUUGUUUCGAGCAAUUGCGGUCUAAGAAAUUAAUUGAAAUUUUAAUUUCUGAAAACUAUAAAUAAAAUCCAAUCGCUUUUUAUCUUAACUUUUCUGCAACACAGUUACUUCUAUGUGUUAUUUGUUGAAUAUCACUCAAUUAGAAAACAUCCCAUAUUUCAUCUUCAGAAAUAUUACUUGAGAAUUCAUUCAGAAUAGUAGAUAAUUGGAUAUUGACUGUCCCUCAGUAUAACAGAUUUUAUUUCUAGGACAAGCUUCCAAAUUUUUUUAGUAUGAUCAUUUCAAAGCUCUUAAAUAAAAUUAGGAUAUUGUACCCAAAUAUCUUUGUAAACAUUCUGAUUCACCCCUGGAGUUUAUUAUUUAUUGAAGUUUUGAAUCCAUAAAACUAGAAGUUACAGGCACACAGUACAUCAAAUUUGACAAACAUUCAACUCACUUUAAUAGUGAAAAGCUUUCAUUAUUUCUUUCUCAAAUAAAUUAAUGAUUUGGAUAGUAAUAAAGAUGAACUAUUUCAAUAAAUAUGAUAAUAUUUAACUAUGACUUGCUAUACAAUUAUGGGUGCCCAAUAUUUGUACUUUAUAUUUCACCUCACCAUGCUCAUAUAUUUAAAGAGUGGUCCGUUUCAAGCAUGAUUUUUAGUUAAAAACUUCCAAAAAAAUAAACCAUGUUCUAAAUAUUCCUGUAGUACAUCAUGCAUUUUUAUGGGUAUGUUAUGAAAAUAUUUUUCAAUUCUCAAAAAUAAAUUAAGGCUGAUGAUGCACAUAUUGUUGAUUAGACUUGGCAAAUUUUGUGUUUUAUUACUUUUAUUAUUAUAAGUGACAUACUGUCUCAAUUUCAUUAUGUAUUAAUAUUAUAAAAUUAUAGAAAAUUAAUAUACAAUGUAUUUCCAACCCCUGGUGCUAAUGAUAAUUCCACAAUUCAGUUGAAAUUAGCAAUCCAUACUGCCACUCCACAACAAUCAUCUCUUUCUUUUGUAAGGAAAUUUUUGUCACCGCUGCGUUUUUCAUCCUGUUUAUAUAAGACUAUGAUCUUUAUUUCUUGCCAUGUUAUGUUGUUUUAUUUUCAUGUGAUCUGGUAGUUUUUCACUUCUUUUAUUGUUUCAUUGCAUGCUUUGUAUUAGAA